GGAGGGAUGGAGUGUGUGGGGGGGGUGGAGGUGUACUUCAGGAAGGACUGGAGGAGAGUUCUGCUGGACUCCUGGAGUGAGUCUGAGGCCUCUGUGGUCUGCAGACAGCUGGGCUGUGGCUCUGUGUUCAGCUUCUCCAGCUCCUCUACAUCCAGUCCUGAACACAGACACAUGUGUGUGACGGGUUUCAAUUGUUCUGGGAGUGAAGCUCAUCUGGGGAACUGCAGCAGCGCACAAGCAGUCAACUGCAGCUCCAGAGAACAGCUCUCAAUCACCUGCUCUGCCAUCAGGCUGGUUGGUUCUGGGGGAGACUGUGCAGGAAGGCUGGAGGUUUUCCACAGCGGCUCGUGGGGGACAGUGAGUGAUGACUUGUGGGAUAUUAAGGAUGCGCAUGUGGUGUGCAGACAGCUGCAGUGUGGAGUGGCCCUCGCUCUGGUACCAGCCCGUUUUGGACCUGGAACUGGACCCAUAUGGCUGAAUGAGGUGGAGUGUGAGGGGAACGAGACGUCCCUGUGGAACUGCAGAUUUCAGCUGUGUGGAGAGGAUGAAUGUGGACACAAGGAUGAUGUAGGAGUCGUGUGUUCAGAGUUUAAAGAGAUCAGACUCACUGAGGGCUGUGAGGGGAAUCUGGAAGUGUUCUACAAUGGAACCUGGGGUAAUGUGUGCUUAAAUGGGAUGGAUGGAGAAACAGUGAGUUUAAUCUGUCAAGAGCUGAACUGUGGAAGAUCUGGCAGUGAGUCUUGGGCCAAAGCAAGAGUGGAAUCGACUCCCAACUGGCUAGACGAUCUGAAAUGUAGGAGACAUGACUCCAUUCUGUGGCAUUGUCCAUCUUCACCCUGGAGACAGAACAACUGUAAUAAAGACAACGAGGUGGCCUGGAUUACCUGCUCAGAAGAUGAAAAUGAUCGUGUAUUACGAAGCCGUCUGAAAUGCUCCUCAUUUCCCCAGCACAGACAGUGCUCAAAUCACCUGCCUCUCAGGCUGAGGGGAGGAAAUGGAAUCUGCUCUGGGAGGCUGGAGGUGUAUCAUAAUGCUGAGUGGGGGUCCGUCUGUGAUGGUCUGUGGGACAUCAUGGAUGCUCAGGUUGUCUGCAGGCAGCUGGGCUGUGGGUCGGCGCUGAGUGCUGAUGGGAGUGCUGUCUUUGGUGCUGGUGAAGGGCCUAUCUGGCUGAACAGGGUGAAGUGUAGAGGGAAUGAGAUUCACCUGUGGGACUGUCCUCAUUCCCUGAAGAACCACACUGACUGCUCCCACAGGCAGGACGCUGGAGUCACCUGUGCAGCCACCACCUCCAACACCACAGUUGGUCAGACAGUGAAGACACCAAACACUCUUCUACAAGCUCUUCCAAUUUCUGCUGUUCCAUCCAUCUAUCCAGUGUCUCUCCUGGUUCUGGGAGUGGUGCUCUUUCUGGCCUUAGUGCUUCUGGUUGUGCUGUUUUACCAGAACAGAGUGCUCAGGAGAGGGCUCUCUAAGAGGAUGGAGAACAUAGUCUAUGAAGGCCUUAGAAGAGGGCUUGAGGGAGUCUAUGAAGGCUUAAGUAGGGGCACUGAGAGAGUCUAUGAGGAGAUUUACUGCAGAUUCAAUACUGCAAGAGCCACUCAAAGGGGAAGUCUCCUCUCUGAAGCACAGCAUUCAGGAUAUGAGGAGGUGGAUGAGGAGGUCCUCUCAGGAAGUAUCCUCUCUGAAGAACAGCAUUCAGGAUAUGAGGAUGUGGAUGAGGAACUUCUCUCAGCAAAGUCUCUGCCUGGAGUGAAAUCAGAAUAUUAUGAUGAUGUCACCACCAGAGGUGAAGCAGAAAAAGACGACAUAGCAGAUAACUAUGAUGAUGUCAUCACCACUAGACGGAUCUCUGAGUGUCUAAUAGAGGACGUAGCAGAUAGUUAUGAUGAUGUCAUCACUUCCGAUCAGAGCUCAGCUGUUGAAACAGAAGACAUGACAGAUAACUAUGAUGAUGCUGUUACCGCUGGACCAAACUCCAACAUUAUGACAGGAGAUGUUAUGUCUGCUGCUACAUUCCAGAUGAACAGUGUGAAAG